AACCAGCUCCACCAGUUGAACUAGAAAGUACGGAGUCAAAGAAAGUUGAUGUCGAUCCAGUUGAAGAUGGUGAAAACAAUCGAGUCAGAUCUUUGAAACCAGCUCCACCGGUUGAACUAGAAAGUACGGAGUCAAAGAAAGUUGAUGUCGAUCCAGUUGAAGAUGGUGAAAACAUUCGAGUCAGAUCUUUGAAACCAGCUCCACCGGUUGAACUAGAAAGUACGGAGUCAAAGAAAGUUGAUGUCGAUCCAGUUGAAGAUGGUGAAAACAAUCGAGUCAGAUCUUUGAAAAAAGCAGAAGCUGUAGGUAAGUCUGAACAUGAACCAACGGAACCCGAAGCUGGUGAAAACACUCGAGUUAGAUCUUUGAAAAAGGCAGAAGCUGAAAACCCGGAAACUGGUGACCAACUUGUGAACGACAAUGGAUGUGAGCCUGAAGCUGGAACACCGAACAAGGAUGGAGAAUGUACUACAGAUAAAGUUAAAGAGGCAAAGAGAGAGUCUAAAUCAGUAACCCCGAUUUCUGAGCAGCCCACACUAUCUGACCAUCUAAUAGAGAAAGAGAGACAGUUCUUUGAGUUUGCUAGGAAGCUGAACACUUUGGCGCUAAAUAGUGUGAAGCUUUCCGUCAAAAAUAACGAAAUGAACCAAUUAGUCAAAGAUAAUGUGAAGCUUUCCUUCAAGAAUAACGAAAUGAACCAGUCAGUCAAAGAUAAUGUGGAGCUCACCUCUGUUGCUAAAAAGAAAAAGAAGACAGUGACUUUUGCAGAUGAAUUGUUGCUAGUCAUGCCUGAGUCUCCUAAGAAAGUUGAUGCUGAUACUGAACUUGUAAAACAAAAUUCCCUACCUGUACGCAAAGAUGUCAAAAUCGUUGGAUUUGAUAAAGGGAAUCCAGAAGUUAUUGAGAAAAAUAAUGCUGCAGAAAUUGAUAGUCACUUGAUAAAACAAAAUGCAUUAUCUGUAUGCAAAGAUUUAGAAAUUGUGAGAAAAGUUGAUGAUGGAACUAAAAUUGAGAACAAGAAUUUGGUGGAAGCAGGAGUAAAGGACUUGGAUAUAAUCAUUAGAAAAUUCGAUGCAAAAGGAAACGUUGUUUCAGAAGUCGAGAAGAAGGGUAAUGCUGCUGAAAUUGAUAGUCGCUUUGUGAGUAAUAAUGCUUUAUCUGUACGCAAAGAUUCAGAAAUCAAAAAACAUUUUAACAAAAUAGAAAUUAAAAAUAAGAAUGCAGUGGAAGCAGGAGGAAGAGACUUUGAUAUAAUCAUUAGAAAUGUGGAUGAGAAAGGAAAAGUUGUUUCAGAAGUCGAGAAGAAAAGUAAUGCUGCUGAAAUUGAUAGUUGCUUGGUAAGGAAAAAUGCUAUAUCUGUACGCAAAGAUUUAGAAAUAGUUAGAAAAGGUGAUAAAGUUGACCACACUUCUAACAAUAGAAAGGAUACGAAUCCAAUUGAGCCAAAGGUUAUCGAAACAAUUGACCUGUGCGAGAGUGAACCAACUGUUCCAAAUGUCACGUUGACAGAAACUCGUGCUGAGCCCACUGAACGUGACAUGAGUAAAAAGAGUGCAAAAGUUGCAAAAAGUAUUGAAAAGCAACCUAAAGUGGAAAGAAAAAUUUACCCUACGAUUGGCUUCCGAAAGAUAGAGCCAAAACCCACUACUCUCUUUUUCGACAAAGGUACGUCAAAAAUGUUUUUCCGAGUCGAUAACGCUAAAAGCAUACUCAAUCUCGAAAAACUUCAGACACCGAAUUCCACCAAACAAACUGAAGCAGUUCAAGUGCAUAACCCUGUAAUCACAACACGAACUCAAGCUAAAAAACCAGCAACAAAUCAAAUUCAAGCAACAAAAGUCAUUGAAACAACCACGUCGACCAACCAAGUUCAAGUCCUACCAACUACAAGUUCGAGUGCUGCAUCUAAAUCCACUAUAAAAAUGCAAGCUAAAAAUCUAGCAACAAAUGAAAUUCAAGCAACAAAAGUCAUUCAAAUACCCAGAUUUCUAAUUCCAAACGCAGCAAAUGGUUCCCCCAUCCAAAUUCAAGCCCUACCAAAAGUCAUUCAAAUACCUAGAAUUUUAAACCCAAACGCAGCAACCAAACAAAGUUUCGGUCCACAAUAUUUGCAAUUGUCUCCGUUAACAGAUGGUCAAGAGAAACAGCAUCUGAUACCGUAUGAUGAUGAUGAUACGAUGCAGUCGGCUGGUGAGAAAUCUGUCGGAGGACUAACGAAGCAGAACCCUUCAGACAAACCAAUGCCUCACGUGGUACAAAUUGAUGGCAAAAAGUUUCUACAAACACUGCCCAGUACUUCAUCACUGUCUGCCACAGAAAUACAGAGUAUGUUGAGUAAGGAAAUAAUAAAGUCCUGA